AUGGGUGGUUCCCAAUCACAACAAGUCACAGCAAGAUCAAUCCAUGAAUUCACAGUGAAGGAUUCCAAGGGCAGAGAAAUGAACCUGAAGGUCUUCAAAGGAAAAGUUCUUCUUAUAGUUAAUGUUGCAUCAAAAUGUGCAUUGGGUAAUGCAAAUUAUACCCAGUUAACUCAGCUUCAUAGUAGAUACAAGGACAAAGGUUUUGAGAUAUUGGCAUUUCCAUGCAAUCAAUUUUUGAAUAAAGAGCCUGGAACCAGUCAGGAAGCUGAAGCCUUUGCUUGUGAAAGAUAUAAGGCUACUUUUCCCAUUUUAGGCAAGGUGCGUGUGAAUGGAGCAGAGACAGAACCAAUAUAUAAAUUCUUGAAAUCACAGAAAACAGGAAGCAUGGGAUCAUCAAGAAUUAAAUGGAAUUUCACAAAGUUCUUAGUUGAUGAAGAUGGCCAAGUUCUCAGGCGUUAUAGCCCUACCACCCCACCACUUGCCCUUGAAAUGGACAUUCAGAAGGCAUUGGGGUUGGUUCCAAAAGGUUUCUAGUUACUUCAAAUGCAAAUAACUGGCAGUGAUGAUAAUGAAGACAUCCUAAUGUUUUAGAUAAAUAUGUUGUCUUCCAUGUUUCUGUAUCUGUUUAAUUUGAUAAUG